AUGUCACACUCAGGCUGGCAUCAAGCAGCUAUAGUAGCUUCCUGGUACUACCUAUCUGCGAAACUCAAGUAGUCUGCAGACCACUGACCUCACCUUCACAGGAUAUUGGGCUGGUUCUACUUUUUGGCUUGGACUAUCUCGUUCUUUCCCCAGGCGAUCCUGAAUGUGAGAAGGAAAACGACCAGAGGCCUCGUGCCAGACUUUCCGCUCCUGAACGUGUUCGGCUUCUUCUGCUACACUCUAUCAACAGCUCUGUUCCUCUUUUCAAAAGUCGUCAGGAGCGAGUACGCUGCUCGUCAUAGCGUUUCUCCCGAGCCCACCGUCCGUAUCAACGAUCUGACCUUCGGUGCGAUUGGGUUUACCAUGAGCAUUCUUACUUAUUCGCAAUUCUGGCCACGACUCUGGGGAUGGGGACAUGAAGCGGGCGUUCAGCGACACGCGAAUGCCAUUACCCUCGGCCUUAUAUGGGGGAGUCUGCUCGCUUCACUGGUCACGAUUCUUAUCGUCCUACUUAAAGGAGAUCCCAAUGACAGCAGUGGAUGGGCAUGGAUCGAUGCUGUGUACACACUUGAAUACAUCAAACUUGCUAUGACAGUAUUCAAGUAUAUCCCGCAGGUUGUACGUCAUAUUAUUGAGGAGAGAAAGCAAACAUGUCUGCAACAUUUACUAACCAUUUCCCUCUGCUCUAGGUGGCAAACUUCCGCCGACGAUCGACUGCAGGCUGGAGCAUUGCCCAGCAGCUUUUGGACUUCUCUGGCGGCGUUGGCAGUCUCCUGCAACUUAUCAUCGACAGCAGCCUGCAAAAUGACUGGAGUGGCCUCACCGGCAAUCCAUUGAAGUUUGGGUUAGCAAACAUCAGCUUGGUACGAUACUGAAGGGCAGAAGCCGUCCCCAACGCCUAGGCCAUGUCUAAGCCAUGGACAGGCUGACACCAUCCUAUGUUCCUGCGCUAUGUCCGACACGUCAGCUAACAGUCCGCGAUUCUGUCGGCAGGUGUUCGAUGUGGUCUUCCUUGUACAACACUUCUUGCUUUUCGGUCCCGUGGAAGAAGGUCUUGAUCGAGAGCGCAGCAUGUCCAGCGAUCGAGGGCAAUCGUCUGGCGAUGAGGGGCAAUCUUUAUUGCCCGGCAACAGCGAUGCGUGA